AUGGGGCCGAAGAAAGCAGAAAAGAAGGCCGCCGCCGGGGAUGGCGAGAAAGAUUUCGACGCAGAGAACAAGAUGCUCCAGAAAAGGCUCGAAGUCCUGCAAUACCGAUUAAGUACGAUUUCAUUAUUUUUUCGUGAACGCUCGUGUUUAGGCGCAAAGAAUUUAUUAGCAACACGAGGACCGCCAUGAGAGCUCCUUAUGCAAUGUGAUUCCAUGAACAUGAAGUUGACAAGUACAUAGAUUGUCAUUGUUGGAAACAAAAAUCACUACAGUGGUAAAGGACGACAGUAUAGCACAGUGUAUGCGCGACGAAGAGACGCACAAAAAAGCAAUCGAGGAGCUGGACACGGGCUUUAACCAGGAAUCUGAUCGAGCGCUGGAAAAUACCGGUGAGAUGCAACGACAGUACCGGGAAAUGCAAAACUCCUUCAACGAGCGAAUCGAGGAUCUGCAAGUCCAGGUACUAUAUAGCCAGAACUCCUGCUGUUUUAUUUUGCAGCAUGAUCAUUUAUGAAAUGGCGCAAGGGAAAAGUAGGCACAGCUACGGGGAGAACUUCAUGCUUGCGUAUUGCUGAGAAAGAGAAUGAGAAUCAAAAAUCCUUCUGUGCAGCAAGGCACUGCAUCGGCAUGCAUCUACUCUUUCCGUUCCAGGUGGCGCAAUCCAAAGCGGAUAUCGAGGCAGUCAGAGACGAAAUAGAGAAGACCGCAGUGGAAAAGGACAACAUUAUCGCCGCUAAGGACGAGGAGAUCAGGUACACUAGUACAAGAGAAUCUAGUGAGUUUUCGUUUUUCCAGUUUGUAUCUGUAUCUAUGAGUAUAUGAUUUGUCAUGCGCAACCACGUCCAAGUCCAUUACUCCAGACUCAGACAGCGCGGACGUUGCACAUGACUCAUGACGCACGUUGGUUGGUGCUAAGUACUUAAGCGCAGAUGGACGCAUCAUGUAGUACACUGCAACAGGUCACUGACGUUGAAGAUGGAGACGAUGGCCUUCGAGUUUGCCGAUAUGCUGAAGGAGACGCUGGACAAGAUGUCACAGAGAAUAGAGGUAACACACUCCUCCUGGGACCGGGACCCGAGCCGGCCACCGCUCAUGAACCGGCUAAAGGAAUUCUCAUUAACAAACGACAGCUAG